AUCAAUGUAUAUAAAAAAAUAUGAUAUUAAUCAUGCCUUUCGUUAUUAUUCCGCCAUGCUCGCAGAAAAUUUUUAUCGAAAAUGGAUACCGUUAUUGGAUGUGUGACGGACUUGUUGCCAGAUAAACCUGCGCUGGGCAAUCCCAAUGAAAUUAUGAAGUCUGUUUUAAACCGCUUCCGAAACAUUAAUAUAGAAGAUCAUAAAAGAGCAUUAUGCGAUGCCGUGCAGAUAGCACGAUACCAUGCAGAUGUGUUGAGACCUCAUCUGAACGCGAUCAGCAUGAAAUUGGUGGAUUUUCUCAACAACCAGCGCGUCCAGAAUGUUCGACUGGCGUGCCAAUCGGCUGGGGAACUGUUUAGGACAAUGCGUUGCACAGACCGUCCGAUGUUCGAUAAUAUUGUUGUGGCACUGAUGUAUCGGACCGCGGAUAAGAACCAACAGUUGCGGAUUGACGCCAAUUGGGCAUUGGACAAGAUGGUGAUGAGCGUGCCGUCGCUUAUGGCCAUCAAGGCGAUGGCCAACUGCCGACACAAAAACCCGGCCGUCAAAAUAGCUCAGUUACGGUUGAUGCAUUGCGUUACGGCCAUAGUCGAUCCCAUAAAGCUGUUGACUGCGCCUGGCCUGAGAGAGGCUAGACGUCUAGUGCUCAAUAAUUGCGUGGCCGCCGUCGAAGACGCUAACGCAGACAUCAGAUUCAUGUCAAAAAAACUAUUGCAACUCUUGAAAAUUACUAACCAAGAAAGUUUUAGCUCGGCUUUAGUACAAGACAUCAGUUGGAACGAGUUAAAAAUUGCCGAAAAGAAUCUGAACGUGGAAGAUUUGACUGCAGUUUUAAAGAAAACAUCAAGUAAACCAACAUUGAAGCCAAUAACGUGACUCAAUUUGUUCAAUAGUUACAAUUUAUUAUGGAAAC